UACAUUCUUACCGAUAUUGAAUUAGCUACCGUAUUAAUCGAAAAUGGCACCGAUGAUCGCCUACAUAAUGCUGCCCGCGAUGCAGCUCGUGUGUAAUGUAGUAAUUCCGGAUAUCGAUUCGAGAGUCGCGCUGGGUGUGUUGAAAAAUGGAAACGUAUCCAUCGUCGACUGUUCUCCGAUCGUGCAGCAUGACGCCGAUCCGAAUCCAAAUCCAAACGAGUCUGUAUUACCGCCGUACAUCGAAAUGCCGACGACGACUCUCCCGGAUGGCUACGAAAGCUUCCCCGAAGUCGGAGCAGCUUUCAAGUAUCACAGCGAUGAAGCUGUGACGUGGCAAGCGGCCACAAAGAAGUGCAUCGAGGAGGGUGGAAGCUUGGCUGCGAUUGAUUCCUGGCACAAGUUCGAUAUCCUGAAGCUACUCGUAACGCCCCCAAGUCACAUCCACGUGGGAUUCACUCGCAUGUACGAAAGCAAGGAUUGGGUCGACGUCAGGACAGGAUCACCCUCGCCAACCGUACCAUGGGCGAUAGACGAACCUUGGGGCGAUUACUACUGCGUCAGAAUGCAUCCGACGACGCUCGGAUUGUUGAGCGACACUUGUUCGGCUCGACGGCAUUACGUUUGCGAGAUUGAAAUUCCUCGGGGUAACAACUGAAGAGGUCGUCGGGGUUGUGAACGAGACAAACGCCGAUCACGUUAUACCAAGACUCCGAGUGUGACGCCACGGUAUUUUUUAACUAUGAGCAUUCAAUAAAAAUCCGCAUUCGAAUCGCGAAA